CGACAGCUAAGCGCACCCUCAACCCACUGCACCAUGUCGAACUCGCUUGCAAGCGUCUGGGAGGCUGCCGCGGCGUCGCCCUUUGAGCCCGCCAUCGGGAAGAACAGCCAAUUCACCCUCGGCUUUGCGCUGCUGUUUGCUUCGCUGCUCUUGACGGGCUUCUUCGGCCUCAACCGCUCGCUCCCCAACGUCCCCAUUGUCGGCGCCCCGGCCUCGAUAGCGUUUGGCUUCGGUGCUGUGUACAUGAUCUGCGCAGUCGGCGUCUACGUUUAGUCCUUGAUAUCCUGCCUGGCGUUGUAGUCUAUGGGAAUGCAAUAACUCUUCGAUCCUCCACUCCUCUUCCCCGCCCCGUCCCCACUGCACACCAUGCAGGACGAGCCGCCUGUCCUCGCAGCUGUGUCCAGCUCCGCCCGCCAGCUGUUCACACUU